AAUAGUAAAUGUUUAUAAAAUCGGAAAUCCAACUGAAUCCUGACUGGCUGGAGUCCACAGCCACCAUAUGGGUUAAUCGGUUUCUAUUCUGGCUGGUCGGAGCCCACACCAAUCUGCAUCCCAAAGCCGAAUGAUUCUUCAGUUUCGGUAAAUAUUUGGUAGUUGGCAGUUGAACGCAAAUUUGUGUCGGUUUCUUUCAAUUCGAUUUUCUCAGCAAAAUGUUCGAGUUCUGUGACGGAAUACACUUCUGAUUUGUGCCGCUAUCAAAGUGCUUCAUGAUACGCUAAUUAACGCUUCAGUUGUUCUGUUUUCCACACAGUUUUACCUAAAUAUGGAUUGCUGGAUGCGGAACAUGGUUUCAAUAAUGAGCGAUCCCGGUGUCCAUCCGGAGAAUGUGCCGAGCAUUAAGAAGGAAUUGGAUUCGUUUGCUGAAUGUUCGCCGUCAAACAGCAAUUUGUACUCUCCAACUACAACGACGACAAUCAUCAGUGAAAACGUAAUCCAGUCAUCAGACAGAAUCGACUAUGGUGAGCAUUACGAUGGGAAAAUGCGUUCGCCAGAUAGUCCAGAUCGUCAGUAUUGCUCUUCGACGACUCAGCCGCAUACAGAUCCCGGAAUUGGACAUAGUGAGAUCGACCUGAAAAAUGAGGACGAUUCACCUAGAAGACUCUGUUUGGUGUGCGGCGAUUUUGCGUCCGGUUUCCACUAUGGAGUGGCCUCUUGUGAAGCGUGCAAGGCAUUUUUCAAGAGGACAAUUCAAGGUAAUAUAGAAUAUACUUGUCCAGCGUCCGGCGAUUGUGAGAUCAACAAGCGCCGAAGAAAAGCUUGCCAGGCGUGCCGCUUUCGGAAGUGUCUUCGCUCCGGCAUGUUAAAGGAGGGUGUGCGACUCGAUAGGGUGCGGGGCGGCCGUCAGAAAUACCGCAGGAAUCCGGAAAGUCCCUAUCAGGUUCAAGUGGUGUCUGCUCAAAAACCGCAUAUUUUACUUGAAGGUAACUGGAGGUCGUUUUUGCUAUUUUCCCCAUUUCCUGACAUUUCUUUUGCAGACAUUAAAAUGCUGGAAGCUCUGGUUUCAUGCGAACCGGACUCUUUGGAGAUCAACACGACUUUGGACCAUACAAAGCACAGAACGCUGUCGAUAUUAAGUGACCUCUACGAUCGGGAACUGGUCGGGAUUAUUGGAUGGGCGAAACAGAUUCCAGGCUUUUCUGAUCUCUCCCUAAACGACCAGAUGAGAUUGCUGCAAAGCACAUGGGCGGAAAUACUAACGUUAACACUAGCAUUUCGCAGUUUACCCAUGAUAAGCCUUGGGCGCUUAAAGUUUGCCAUCGAUUUUACGUUGGAUGAGAAACAGUCGAAGGAUUGCGGUGCGCUGGAGUUAUAUCAGACGUGCACUCACAUGGUGGAGCGACUGGAGAGCCUGUCGAUACUUAAAGAGGAAUACUAUCUGCUCAAAGCUCUGGUGCUUACGAACUCCGAUGUUAGACUAGACGAGUAUCAGUCUCUUAGGAACUUUCGCGACAGCAUUUUAACGUCUUUAACCGACGCGAUCGGCAUUUUAAGGCCGAACACAAUGUUGCAGCAGAUCCAACAGCUGCUACUUUGCUUGCCAGCGUUGCGACAAGCCGACCAAGUGGUCAGGAAGUUUUGGUCGGAUAUUCACACGCAAAAUUUGGUUCCAAUGAACAAACUGUUUCUGGAAAUGCUGGAAGCCUCCAAUCGGUAGCUUAGUUCGAUCGCGGUUUUGGUAUUGCAAGGAACCAGGGGCCAGGUGUAAGUAAGUAGAACGCCGCGCUUGUACAAAUUAAUUUUAAGAACUACGGGUCGAUUUGGUUGUGAAUUUAGCGAAGUAUUAUUACUAACCUAAUUAAUGAUAAGACCUUAAGUUUAAAGCAAUAUUUUCGCGAGCGAGUUUGUGAUGUUUCUAGGAUAAGGGGACCACCCAAGGGCCAGGUGUUUUCUUGCAAGACCAAGCCGGUUAAAGCUGUACAGAUUACGCUUUUAGACGCGUCAGUUUUUACCAAUAUUUUGCACGAUUUAGGUUUAACCAAAAGCUUUCUCGCUAGCAACUAAGAGGAGUCAAUGAUAGUUUGUCACGCUCUAAACAUGAAUCACGUUGCCUAUAGACUACGAGCACUGUUAUAUACUUAACAAUAAUUAGACCGAAUUGAAUAGUUUAUUUUCAGGCACGUGAUCUAUUUUUGGAUAUCUUAUUUGCCUUAGAGUCGUUUUGGACUGUGCUUUUGAAAACGAAUUUUAAGUCACAUCCACCCUUCCUAACAUUUAGGUUGGUUCAGUAGUAUUCGAACUGUUUUAAUGUUCGUUGUGGGAAGUUGAUUAGAAUAGUCUGCUACUAUGGGAAACAUUUUGUAAAUAGUUAUAAAAUAUAUUUUUUAGAAGGUAGAAUUGUAAAAUAAUAUACAUAUUUUUGUGCCGUCAGUGAAUUAGUCUUCUGGCGCAAGGGCCUGAUAUGAAUAUUAAAAAAGUGAACAGGC